AGUCACAGGUGGCGCUUGGGAGGGUGAGCGGCUGGCUGGAGUGUUUUGGCCAGCCUUGGUCAGUCUUGCACCACACUCUGGUAAUAAGUGUUUCCGUAUUCCCGGCAGCUUCUCUCUGUACCAAGCACCGCCACGCAGCACCAGAGAGCCAUGAGUACGUAAGGUGAGCCCAGCGGUGCCACGCAGCACCAGAGAGCCAUAAGUACGUAAGGGGUCAAUUUCAAAAUGAAAUGCAUUACGUACGUAAGGCAGCGGCUGGGGGCUCUCGCCUGUGACGUCAUCAACAGACUGGGACUUCUCCGGCUCCAGUGUCUCUUGAUGAUUGCCGACGUCAUCCGCACCUGCCUGGGCCCUCGUUGGAUGCUGAAGAUGCUGAUGGAUCCGAUGGGGGGCGUGGUGAUGACUAACGAUGGUAAUGCUAUUUUGAGGGAGAUUACUGUGCAACACCCUGCCACCAAGCACAUGAUUGAGAUUGUGCGCACCCAGGAUGAAGAGGUGGGUGACGGAACAAGCAGUGUGGUGAUCCUGGCAGGGGAGAUGCUGGCGGUGGCUGAGCAGUACCUGGAGCAGAACAUGCAUCCGCUUAUCAUCAUUCAGGGGUACAGACAGGCCCUCGACCAUGCUCUGGAGGCCCUUAAAGACACCCUCAGAUCCCGGGAGGGGCCAUCGAAGAGAGCUGUGUGCUGGACGGGAUCAUGAUAAACAAGGAUGUGACCUAUGCAAAGAUGAGCAGGAAAGUAGACAACCCUCGUAUCAUUCUCCUUGACUGCCCGCUGGAGUACAAGAAGGGCGAGAGCCAGACUUUGGUGGAAAUGACUGCU